AUGGCGCAGCGGGCGAUGUUGGCCGCCAUCGUUGGCGUGCUGGUUCUCUGCGUAUACCUUGUGCAGGCGGAGAUCUUCUUCCACGAGGAGUUCAACACCAUAGAUGGGUGGGUGCGGUCGGAGCACGUGAGCGACUACGGCGACGUCGGGCUCUCGGUGGGUGAGAUUCACGUGGAUGCGGAGAGGGAGCAGGGCUUGAAGCUCAUGGAGGACGGCAAGUUCUACGCGGUCUCGAAGAAGCUGCCGAAAGCAGUUUCCAACGACGGCAAGCCGUUGGUUGUCUCCUUCUCCGUGAAGAGCGAGCAGAGGCUUACGUGCGGCGGCACCUACCUCAAGUUCUUCUCCGAUCUGAACCAGAAGGACUUACACGGCGAUUCUGCGUACUGGCUGAUGUUCGGCCCCGACACCUGUGGCUCCAACAACCGUCUGCAGUUCAUCUUGAACUACAACGGCACAAACCACCUGUGGAAGAGACUGUGGAGGCCGAAGAACGACAAGGCCACUCACGUCUACACGGUUGAGAUCGCGCCAAACAACACGUACCAGUUGUACGUCGACGGCGUGCACAUCCAGGAAGGGUCGUUGGCGGAGGAGUGGGACAUGCUGCCGCCAAAGACCAUCCCUGACCCGAAGGAUGAGAAGCCGGCGGACUGGGUGGAUGACAUGAUGAUGGACGAUCCGUCUGACACGAAGCCGGAGGACUGGGACAACGAGCCGGCCAUCAUCACCGACCCCGAGGCUGUGAAGCCGGCGGAUUGGGACGAUGAGGAGGACGGCGUGUGGGAGGCCCCGAAGAUUCCGAACCCGAACUACCGCGGUGCGUGGAAGCCGCGCCGAAUCAAUAACCCCAACUACAAGGGCAAGUGGGUGGCGAAGCAGAUCCCGAACCCGGUUUACCAGGAGGAUCCGAACCUGUACAAGGCGCCGGCGCCGCUACAGUACGUCGGUAUCGAUGUCUGGCAGGUGGAGGGCGGCAGCAUCUUCGAUAACAUAAUCAUUGGUGACAGCCUUGAGGAGGUGCUGGAGGUGGUGAAGAGCACGUACGGCGCCAUGGCAGAGAAGGAGAGAGAUCUCAUCCAGGCGGAGGAGGCGAAGAAGGCAGCGGAGGCGGCAGACGAGAAGCCGAAUGUGGACGAGCACGCUGACCACACGCCAGACGAAGGCGACAGCAAGGAUGAUGAGGACCUGUAA